GCCCUGCUGGCUGCUGCAUGUACAAAUACAAAUCUAGAGAUCAAUCCCUCAAUCCACGACGGAUCGGAGACGAGCGAGCGACGUCGAGACAUCAUGGCCGCUUCCGCGGCAGGUGCGACAAGGUCAUUGCUGGUGGCGGUCACCCUGCUUAUCGCCGUCGCCGGAGCGCCCUCGUCGUCGUCGUCCCUGCUGCGCAUCGCCGCCGCCGCUGCCACGCCGUUGAACGCCGCCGCAGCCCAUGGCGGCGUUACGUUGCGCGUCGACCGCCGCCAGGUGCUUGUGGACAACGGCGUGGUGCAGGUGACGCUGUCCAAGCCCCAGGGCCACAUCACCGGCGUCCGCUACAACGGCGAGCGCAACCUCCUGCACUACGCCGGCGAGGAGAACUCGGGAGGGUACUGGGAUGUGGUGUGGAACUAUCCCGGCUCCGAUCACCCAAGAGGGAUGAUCGACAUGUUAGAGAGUACUGAGUUCAAGGUCGUGUCCUCAAGCCAAGAGCAAGUGGAGCUUUCUUUCAGGAGUACAUAUAAUCCAUCACGUCAAGAUAGUGUUCGCCUCAACGUUGACAAGAGACUUGUGAUGCUGAAAGGCAGCUCCGGGUUCUAUUGCUAUGCCAUCUUUGAGCACACCGGCAACUGGCCCGCCAUGAACAUCUCAGAGGCUCGGCUCGCUUUCAAACUUAACACGGACAAGUUCAACUACAUGGCAAUUUCAGACGACAUACAGAGAUACAUGCCCAGCGCGGCAGACAGAGACGAACCUCAUGGUACUCCACUGGCCUACAAGGAGGCUGUCCUGCUCACUAACCCCAAGGAGCCACAGUUCAAGGGAGAGGUGGAUGACAAGUAUGAGUACUCGCUGGACAACAAGGACAAUGUCGUCCACGGAUGGAUCAGUAGCUGCCACCCCAACCCCAUGGGCUUCUGGGUGAUCACUCCAAGCAACGAGUUCAAGAGCGGCGGCCCCCUGAAGCGGGAGCUCACCUCCCACGUCGGACCCACCUCCCUCACCAUGUUUCUGGGAACGCAUUACAUUGGGGACGACAUCGUCCUCAACAUCGGCGACGGCGAGUACUGGAAGAAGGUGUUGGGGCCAGUCUUCAUCUACCUCAACUCCAGCCCGAAGCGAGGCGAUCUUCGUGCCCUCUGGGACGACGCCAAGGCGCAGGCGCAAGCCGAAGCCAGCAAGUGGCCGUACAGCUUCCCCAAAUCACCGGACUUUCCCAAGGCCGGUGACCGAGGCUCCGUCACCGGCAGGCUUUUGGUCAGAGACAGGUUCAUGGGCAUCGACGACGUGCCGGCCGGGAUGGCGUACGUCGGGCUCGCCGCGCCCGGGCAGCCGGGCUCCUGGGCGACGGAGUGCAAGGGCUACCAGUUCUGGACGACGGCCGAUUCCUGCGGCAGCUUCACCAUCGGCAAUGCCCGGGCGGGGGUGUACCAUCUCUACGCAUGGGUCCCGGGGGUUCUUGGAGACUACAUGUACACUUGUCAAGUCACCGUAACGCCAGGUUGCGCCAUCGACCUCGGCGAUCUCGUGUUCGUGCCCCUGAGGUCAGGCCCGACGCUGUGGGAGAUCGGAGUCCCGGACCGGACCGCUGCGGAGUUCUUCGUCCCCGACGUCGACCCCAGAUACGCCAACCGGCUGUUUCUGCACAAGGACAAGUACAGGCAGUACGGUCUGUGGGAGAGGUACGCCGAGCUGUACCCUGACAGCGAUCCUGUCUUGACGGUCGGUCAGAGCGAUCACUCCAAGGACUGGUUCUUUGCGCACGUCACGAGGAAGGUAGGCGAUGGCUACGUGCCAACGACGCGUGAGAUCCGGUUCAGCCUGGACCGCGUCGUGGCAGACGGCACCUACACGCUGCGCAUCGCCCUUGCAGCUGCUCAGAUGUCCAGACUGCAGGUGCACGUGAACGGUGGCGGCGCGAGGAGGGGCGGCGUGUUCACGACGCCGGAGUUCGGCGGCGGCAACGCGAUCGCGCGGCACGGCAUCCACGGCGUGCAGUGGAGCUUCGAGUUCCCGAUCAGGGGGUACCUGCUGCAGGAAGGCGAGAACAGCAUCAGCAUCACGCAGACGAGGGCAUUCGGCGAGUUCUUGGGGGUCAUGUACGACUACGUCCGGCUGGAAGGGCCUCCCAGAUCCUGGCGAGACCCCACGCGGCGGGCGUGA